AUGGCGAAUCCCACGUCCGGCACGUCAGACGACACACUAAAUCAUGAAACAGUGCAGCAUUCAUUACAGAAAGAAAGCACACACCUAAGUCGAAUGUCAACACGCCGCACCCUCGAACACUAUGAAACACGACCUACCCAGGGGGCCGCCGAGGUCCUCGACCUUCCCUAUGAUAUGCUGUCCGACGAGGCCAACAUGGCCGAAUAUACAGAAGAGACCGCAGGAGGUAUAAUCCCGAAGCGAACCAUCUCUCGUGUGACUGGUCUCGAAGAGGAACACGAACUGGUCACUUUCACACUCAACGAUCCUGAAAACCCCAAAAACUGGUCGAAACCGUACAAAUGGUGGUGUACCAUGGUGGUCGCAUUUACCUGUUUCGUUGUGGCGUUCAACAGUGCUGUCAUUACUGCUGAUUUGGAAGGUGUUAUGGAGACAUUCCAUGUUUCUCUCGAAGUAGCACUUCUUACCAUUACCAUGUUCGUCAUCGGUUUCGGUGUUGGCCCUCUCGUCUUCGCGCCGGCCAGCGAGAUGUUCGGCAGAAAACCAGUCUACAUCAUCACCAUCGGUAUCGCUGUCAUCUUCGAAAUUCCCUGCGCGGUGGCUCAAAACAUCGGAACCCUCCUGGUCUGUCGACUGAUUGACGGUAUUGCAUUCUCUGCACCCAUGACCCUCGUCGGCGGCACGCUCGCAGAUCUUUGGCGCAACGAAGAGCGAGGUGUGCCCAUGGCAGUAUUCAGCGCCGCUCCAUUCAUCGGUCCUGCGAUUGGUCCCCUCGCCGGCGGCUUCCUCGGUGAUGCCUCGGGCUGGCGAUGGCUAUACUGGAUUCAACUCAUCCUCGCUGGCAUCUCUUGGUGUUUGCUCACGCUUACCAUUCCCGAAACAUACGCUCCCGCCAUUCUAGCGAAGCGCGCCAAGAAGCUGCGCAAAGAGACCGGAGAUGCCAAGUAUGUCACGGAACAGGACAUUGACAAGCGGCCUUUCGGCGAACAAGCGUGGAUCUUCCUCAUUCGACCUCUUCAACUCUUGUUUCUCGAACCUAUUGUGUUCCUAAUCAGUCUCUACAUGUCAGUCUUGUACGGUCUGCUGUACAUGUUCUUCGUCGCCUAUCCAAUCGUCUACGUCGAAGGCAAAGGCUGGACCGAGGGAAGCACGGGUCUGAUGUUCAUUCCCCUGGCCAUCGGUGUCGUUCUUUCCGCAGCCUGCGCGCCGUUAGUCAACAAGCACUAUCUUAGCAUCUGUGCUCGAUACGCGGACGGUAAGCCACCCGCAGAGGCACGAUUGAUCCCCAUGAUGUUCAGCUGCUGGCUCAUUCCCAUUGGGCUGUUCAUCUUCGCGUGGACCUCGUACCCUGAUCUGAGCUACUGGGGACCUAUGAUGGGUGGAUUCCCCGUCGGUUUUGGUUUUAUUUUCCUCUACAACAGCGCCAACAACUACCUCGUCGACACGUACCAGCACCAAGCCGCCAGCGCGUUGGCAGCAAAGACUUGUAUUCGAAGUUUCUGGGGCGCCAGCGUCGUGCUUUUCACAGAACAGAUGUACCAUACUCUCAAUGACAGAUGGGCGAGUACUUUGUUGGCAUUCAUCGCCCUUGCUUGUUGUCUGAUCCCUUACGUCUUCUACUUCAAGGGCGCGAGUAUCAGAAAGCAUUCGAAAUUCGCCUUUUCGGAUGACGACGAGGGCGUCAAUUCUCAAGAGAAGGUGUGA